AUGGCAUCCUUUGUCGGCUGGUCCCUCAAUGGAGACAUGCCCAAGUCCCAGGAACUCCAGCGUCAAGACACCACUCCCGACCUUGAUGGUCCUCAGACUGGUUUCCUCAUGUCCAAUGACUGGAAUUGGGCAUCCGCUGGACCCUUCCCAGAUGGGCCCUCCAGUGGACCCUUUGAUGCUGGUAGCCCUGUCACUCCGAUUUCUUCUCCUAACCACCCUGACCUCGCCCUUCCAAUUCGCGGAUGUGAACAUCAUGGGCGUCAUGGUGGCCAGACGAUUUCUGACGAGACUGAGACUUCGCGGGCUGACACGUCCUCUAUGUUUGUGCCCACAGACGAUGACAGCUCCUUUGUUGUCUCAUCUGCUGCGACGAGCUUCAACGACACCCCCUACGCCAGCCCCGUGCACAAUCAAUCUCUUACGUACCCUGAGCAUGCCAGCUUUCCACAGUACGGCCAGCUCCAUGGCGCACAUGACACCCCCCUUCUGUCCUUCAACAACGCUUCAGCUGGGACUAUGUCUAGCUUGACUCCGGUCCACGCGAUGCCUUCUGCGCAAGAUGUCAACUCUAUCAGCUCUUCAUCUGCUGGGUACAAUGAAUCCGACAGCGUCUUCCAGCUCGAUCUAGACGCCCUUGACAGCACCCACCUCCAAAGCCAGCUCUCCACUGGUGAGAAAGACACGUUUGGAGCUUCCGAGGACGCUGUUGGCAGUGAUGAUGAAUACUACACCGAUGAGGAAGACGAAGAUGCAGAGGGGGAGGAAGUGGGUGAGGACGAGGAGCAGCAGGAAGAGGGUAUCGCGGCUGCAAUCCUCAGUGGCAGACCACACUUCGUCCCUGAUAUGGCAAUCUUCGAAGACCCAUCGGCCAAUGGUCUGGAUACCAACACCUGCUUCAACGAUAUUGAAGAAGUUCAUCGGUACUUGCGCGCUCAGAAUACGUGCCCGCCCGACAACACUCUCCCUCGCACCCAGCUCCAAAAGCAAGCAAUUGUCAAUGAGAUGGUCAAGCUAAUGAAAACCACCGAAUUUGCUCUUGACAACGAGAACAUGCUCAAGCCCUUCAAGCAGGGGAAGCAUUCGCGUGAAAGAAUGGAAGCGGCUUGUUGGCAGCUCCUGGAGGCUAUGAUUGAUCGCUCUCUCAAUGGCGCUCUUUUGUGCGCAUUCAACGGUUUCCGCCGCCCUAGAGAGAAGUACGCUACUUUCGCCGACAGGAUGAGCUACAUCUUCGAAUGCCUGGGUCUGCACAAAACGAUCUGCAAGCGCCUCAUGGACCCGCCCUACAUCUACACUUUGGUUGACGACCCUAUCGCUGCAGAUAAGAGGGUCAGGUCCAACAAGAAUCUUAACGCUCGCAAAGGCAACUUGAUCGUUGCAGGCAAGGAGGCACGACAGCAGCAACGGCAAGGGUCAGACGACGAAGAUCUGGGUCCUAAGAAGCAGCCUCCGACGUCGAAGACCAGGACCUCCCGGGCUACGGCGUCGAGAACCAGAGCGGCAGCCCCUCUAACCCGGACAACCAAGGUGCAGUCCCGAGCCAGGAAGGCCCGCAAGAGCGAAACUGCGACCGCCUCCACUCCCAACGCGCAGGUCUCUGGAACCAGUGCUCCUCCGAUGAAUCCGCAGCAGAACGCUUUCCCUGUCGCUCCUACGAACCUCGCGUCUAUGGACGGCCACGUCGGUGCGAACGCCCACAUGAACGGCUAUGUCCCUCAGCACACUCCGGCCGGUAACAUUGAUUCUUACCCGGGUGCCAAUGGCUAUCAUGGACAUGAUAACGCCCCUUUUCAUGCGUUCCAGCCUAUGCUCCUUUCUGGUCCUCCGGCCUCCGCUAUGCAUAUGCAGACUGGACAGACCCCGGGGUUUCAUCACCAGGCUCCGAUGGGCGUCGAGGCUGGCAUGGCUCCUCAUGUCGCCUUUACCGGACCCUCCUACGGACCUGCACCCAUACAUGGAGCUCCCCCUUCGUCGCACCCUCAGGGACCGGUUCGCCGUAUGACUGAGCCCAUUGCUUUUUCCAACAACUAUCCUCCUCAUUUUCUGCACAACCACGGUACUCAAUACCUCAGUCACAGCACCUCUGACAAUCCCUACGUCGCUCAACCUCCGAUGGUCCCCCACAUGGCGUUCUCACACACCCAAUUCGGUGGCGUUACCACUCCUGUUACUCCGUUUACCCAACCCCAUGUUUCUCCUGCUACGCAGAAUGGGCAGAAGCGCUCUUCGCCCGAUGCUCAUAGCGGUCGGUCUGGCUCGCCCAAGAGGAGGCGUUAG